UGCCAACCCACCGCAACAUGAUGAGCAACUCGGUGGUCCUGAACACGGAGGGCGUGUCCGUGGUGAAUGUGCACCCAGUCGUGGUCUUCCAGAUCUUGGACCGCUACCUCCGUCGCGCGGAGGACCAGGAGCGCAUCAUCGGCACCCUUCUCGGCGUCGUCGAUUCCGAGCAUGGCGUUGUGACUGUGAGCAACUCGUUCCCGGUGCCCCACUUGGAAAAAGGUGACGACGUUGCCGUGGGGAAGGACUACCAUCGCCAAAUGCUCCUGCUGCACCAACGCGUGAACCCGAACGAAGUUGUCGUCGGGUGGUACACGACUGCGUCGGCGGACGGCAGCAUCCUCAACGAGAACUCGUGCUUGAUCCAUGAAUUCUACAGCACCGAGUGCGCCACCCCCGUGCACUUGGUCACCGACACGACUCUCCGCGGGGAUAGCUUGGACAUCUCCGGUUUCAUUUCGUCCGCGUUGACCGUGGCCGACGUGGCGCUCGCAAACCAGUUUAAGCAAGUCAAGGUUGUCACCAAGACGUACGAAGCCGAAGCGAUUGCUUUGGACGCGAUGGUGAAGGCGUCGACUGCCGAGACCACGUCGCUGCCGACGGACCUGGAAGCGCUGGAACACGCGAUCGCGCGUCUCCAUGCUCUCCUCGGCCAAAGCGCCGACUACGUGGAGAAGGUCAUCGCGGGCAAGGAACCCACAGCGAACCCCAAGAUUGGCCGUGAGCUCGCGGAAGCCGUCGCGUCGAUCCCGGCGAUCCGGUCGGACGUGUUUGACCAAAUUUUCAACAGCGGCCUGCAAGACCUCCUCAUGGUGUCGUACCUGUCAAGUUUGACGCAAGCGCAGCUCAGCAUUGCGGAGAAACUUAUCAGCACCUAAAUCCUUCAAAUUAUGCUCCGUUUGCCA